UACACCCGCGACCAGGGUGCUUCUCGACUGUUGCACCUCCGGGCGAGGUGACUGGGGCUACCCAUGUCCUCGACAGAAGAGCCGUGCGUACAGUCGGAAGACCACCCGGUCCUCCCCAGAAUGGACUCUUCCGGCUGCGAGGACAACCAGUUUUCACCCGGAGCCCGAAUUCAUUCCAAGUCGUCCGGCUAUGACGUGUUGUCGGUCCUGGGUCGCGGCGCCUACGGGAACGUGGUUAAAUGUCGGAAGACCACCGACAACAAGACGGUGGCGGUUAAGACCAUCAAGAACCACGGAACAUCAGCCAAACGGGCCAUAUAUGAGAUUCUUGCCCUGUUAAAAAUCAAAAAGAUGGAUGCUGACAAAUGCCACCUGGUGCAAUGGAACAGCAUCUUCAGCAUCACCGGACAUGUUUGCAUUGAAUUUGAGCUGUUGGACAAAAGUCUGUACGACUUUGUAAAAGAGCGAAAUUUCAGACCUCUCCAGCUGAAGGAGAUCAGGCCUGUUGUCCAUCAGCUGGCAGACAUGCUGGACCACUUGAAGGUCUCGCAGAUCAUACACGCGGACCUCAAGAUGGAGAAUGUGAUGCUGGUCAACCAAGUGCAGCAACCCUACAAGAUUAAGGUGAUCGACUUUGGCCUGGCUGCUCAGGUGUCCACCGCCAAACAGGGCUCGCUCAUUCAGACACUCCCCUAUCGGUCUCCGGAGGUCUUGUUGGGUGCACCAUUCACGGAAGCCAUAGACAUCUGGUCAGUCGGCUGCAUUGCUGCAUUUUUGUACACGGGCGCUCUGCUCUACCCUGGGAAAAGUGAAUACGACAUGGUCAGGUAUAUUGUGGAGACUCAAGGCCAGCCUCCGGAUAAUGUUCUUGAAGCUGGACUGCAGACCAGUUGCUUCUUCCAGAUGGAGCGCAAUUUCAGCUGGAAGCUCAAGACACCAGAACAGUAUCAGAAAGAGACCACCUCAAUACCCAAAGAGGCCAGACGCUUUAAAUUCCGCUCUCUUGAUCGCCUUCUUCAUUUCCAGCCGGGAAUCUUGAACACCAGGCACAUUGCCAACAAAGCGGCCAAGACAGCGGAUGUGCAGAAGUUUGUGGAGCUGCUGAAAGGAAUGCUCCAGCUCGAUGCCGCCCAGCGGAUGACUCCUCGCCAGGUGCUGGAGCACGACUUCAGCACAAUGAGCCAUCUUGAGCCGCUUCAUGACACCAGCUCUCAUGUGCAGUCGUGCUUUCACAUCAUGUCGGCGUGCUCCAAUAAGACCACGCUACAAUCGCUCGGCGGGAAGGGAUUCGACCCGUCACCACUGAAUGAGCCUCAUGAUGACGAGCCAUGCUGCUGCAGCCCCGCUUCACCAGAAGUGUACGAAAUCAUGGCCCAAGAUGAGCGAUCAGACCCAAGUUGACCGAAAGGGUAGGGGACAAACAGGAGAUGUCCACUCGAUGGAAUGGAGGGACUAUGUGCUUUUUUUUCAUCCCUCUACAUUACAAUUACAAACACACCCAAUGAACCGUGUUGGAGCUAACCUGUACGAUGUUUACACUCAACAGUCAUGUAAGAAGGUAACGGCCAACAAAUCCAAGACUCCGCUACCCGACUGAGCUCGCCCGGCACCAUUGCUUGAAAUUAACAAAAAUGCUCCCAAAUUUUGAAUUUUGGAGGAAGUGCUUGAUCUUCCUUACACACCAAACAACUUUCUGUCUGAGCAGUUAGCCUGUUAGAUGGAGAGAUCGAAUGUGCUGACACCUGUACAUAAAAACUAACAGAAGA